AUUCCAAUCUGGUAAAACAGUGAAAUAGAAUUAGAAGUUGAGGAGCUGUGAACCUCUGCAAUCUGCAUGAUCAUCGGGCGAUCCACAGCAUGCUCUAGCAAAAAUCAAACGCACACACAGAGAACAAGCGAUCGCAAUCGACCAUGUCGUUCUCGUUCUUCAAGCCGUCGAGGCCCAAAACCCCACAGGAGGUCGCCAAGGCCAUCAAGGACAGCCUCGUGGCCCUCGACACCAAAACCGUCGUCGAAGUUAAAGCCCUCGAAAAGGCCCUGGAAGAAGUUGAAAAGAAUUUUGGAACUAUGAGAUGUAUGCUUUGCGGAGAUGGGGAGGCUGAACCAAAUAUGGAUCAGGUCACACAGCUGGUCCAAGAAAUAUGUAAAGAAGACAUUAUUGCUCUUCUGGUUCACAAGUUACCAACAUUGGGAUGGGAAGCAAGAAAGGAUUUAGUCCACUGUUGGUCCAUAUUGUUGAAGCAGACGGUUGGCUCCACGUAUUGCUGCGUGCAAUACAUUGAAAACCAUUUGGAGUUACUAGACUCUCUUGUCGUGUGGUAUGAUAACAAGGAAAUUGCUUUGAAUUGUGGAAAUAUGUUGAGGGAAUGCAUCAAAUUCCCGACACUUGCAAAAUACAUAUUGGAGGCUGCAAGCUUUGAGUUGUUCUUCAAAUUUGUGGAGUUGCCUACUUUUGAUGUUGCUUCUGAUGCAUUUUCUACCUUUAAGGAUCUGCUAACUAAACAUGGAACAGUGGUCUCCGAAUAUUUGACUGCUCAUUAUGAUGAGUUCUUUGAUUCAUAUGAGAAACUCUUGACAUCUACUAAUUAUGUGACAAGGAGGCAAUCUUUGAAGCUUCUCUCGGAAUUUCUUUUGGAGCCUCCAAAUUCCCAUAUAAUGAAGCGCUACAUUUCAGAAGUUCAGUACUUGAAAGUUAUGAUGACAUUGCUGAAGGACUCGAGCAAAAAUAUUCAAAUAUCUGCUUUCCACAUUUUCAAGGUUUUUGUUGCUAAUCCUAACAAGCCCCGAGAAGUAAAGGUUAUUCUAGCAAAAAACCAUGAGAAAUUGCUGGAUUUGCUUCACGAUCUCUCUACCGGCAAAGGUGCUGAAGAUGAGCAAUUUGAAGAGGAAAAGGAACUGAUCAUGAAGGAAAUUGAAAGGGUAUCUGGUUUUGCCAAUUCUUGAUUGCUAGGUCAUUUCUCCUAGUUAUUGCCUUUCCUUCUGGUCUCAUAUCCUAUUUUUAAGGCUUAGUGCUUAUACUUAGUAAUGACUGCAAAAACAGUUUGACCAAAAAGGGGAAAAGAUCAUGUGUUUUUGUAGGAUUUCAACGCACUAGUAAAAGAGGAUGCAUCAAGAACUGCAAACCUUUGUAAUCUACAGUCAAGUAGGAGAGUAUCCACAAGAACUGUAUGUCUGUGUAUCUUGUGGAUUCAAACAUGUAAUACUUUUGUUGUAUAAGGUCUGAAAGAAAAAUCCUAUAUUGUUGAUUUGUAGCGAUCAAAUGAACUCGAAUUAUAUUGCU